CUGCCUAUAGUGCCCUCUCUAGUGGUCCGCAGUCCCUGGUUCAACUACACCAGUGCCUCUUUUCACUGCGAGCCGCAGCACUCAGUUUCCACCCCCAAGGCAGGCUCACUCGCAUCAAGCGAGGCGACGUCUCCGAGGAAACCUUCUCUCCCCUCACGUCUUCUGGGGCAAAGGAAUAUGUGUCUAUAGGAUUGGCACAAUGCUGCGCGUCAUUGUUGAGUCUGCGAGUAGCAUCCCCAAAAGGAGUUUUGGGGUUCCAGAUCCAAUAGCUAGAGUUUUGUUUAAAGGCGAAAAAAAGAAAACAAAGACAAUAGACAAUGAUUUGAAUCCUGUUUGGAAUGAAGUACUUGAAUUCGACCUGAAGGGUAUUGCCUUGGACCCUUCCUCACAUAUAGACGUAGUUGUGAAAGACUAUGAAACCGUUGGAAAAGACAAAUUCAUUGGCUCUGCAAAAAUUUCCUUGAGAGAUCUAGCAAGUGGUCAGGCCACCUCCCUCCCAUUCAAGAAUGUUCCCCUGGUCAAUGAGAAACAGCAAGCCAUCGGGGCGGCCAUUAAUUUGGUCGUUGGGUACGAGCCCCCUGCUGGCACCUUUCCAAACUCCACCAACGACCGGCCUGAUGGGGAGGUGUCUUACGGGGACCCUGAUGGUGAGGAUGAGGAAGAGGGUGUGGAGAACACCGAGAAAGGUUUACAGCCGGGAAGUAAUCAGGGAGAGCCUGCCAGGCCGGGGCAGAACCCCAACCCAGGCCAGAAGACCACACGCCACAGCACCAAGAGACGCAGGGCCCUGGCCAACAAGCCUCAGGACUUCCAGAUUCGUGUCCGGGUUGUCGAGGGUCGACAACUUCCUGGCAAUAACGUCAGGCCGGUGGUGAAGGUGAAUGUGUGUGGAGAGACCCACAGGACACGAAUCAGAAGAGGAAAUAAUCCCUACUUUGACGAGAUGUUCUUCUACAAUGUCAACAUGCUACCCUCUGAGCUGUUCGACGAGAACAUCAUAUUUCGGGUCUACGAUUCCCACUCCCUCAGAGCAGACAGCUUAAUGGGAGAGUUCAAGCUUGAUGUUGGGUAUGUCUACGACGAACCUGCUCAUUCAGUGCUGAGGAAAUGGCUUCUGUUGAGCGAUCUGGAGGACUCGAGCUCUGGGCCCAAGGGUUACCUGAAAGUCAGCAUCAUCCUCGCGGGGAACGGAGAUGAACCGCAGACUGAGCGCCGGGAGGUGAACGACGAGCAGGAUGACAUAGAGAGCAACCUCCUGGUGCCGGCUGGGGUGACCCUGCGCUCGGCCAGCAUCAGCCUCAAGGUGUACCGGGCCGAGGACAUGCCUCAGAUGGAUGAUGCAUUUAUUCAGACGGUCAAACAGGUUUUUGGAAAGGAUGGCGACAAGAAAAACUUGGUGGAUCCAUUUUUUGAGAUGAGCUACUCUGGGAAAAAGUUGGGCACCAAAAUCGUAGAGAAAAAUGCAAACCCUGAGUGGAACCAAGUCAUGAAUAUUCAGGCCAAGUUCCCAUUCAUGUCUGAGUGCAUCAAGUUGACUGUUUUUGACUGGGAUCGUCUUACCAAAAAUGACGUCAUAGGAACAGCUUUUUUGAAUUUGAGCAAAAUAGCCUCAUCUGGGGGGGAAAUUGAGGAACCUCAGGCUGAGAAUACCAACACACUUUCAUCUGAAUUGAGCACGGCCGAGUCCGAGGUGGGCUUCCUCCCGGCCUUCGGUCCGUGCUACAUCAACCUGUACGGGAGCCCCAGGGAGUUCAGCGGCCUGCCUGACCCCUACGACGAGCUCAACACGGGCAAGGGGGAAGGUGUAGCCUACAGAGGUCGGGUGCUCGUCGAGCUGUCCUCCAAGCUGGACGAGAAAGUGGACAAGAGAGUGGAGGACAUUUCCAGCGAUGACAUCCUGUUGGCGCAGAAAUACCAGCGGAAGAGGAAGUACUCGCUGUGCGCCGUCUUCCACAGUGCCUGCAUGCUCCAGGAGCCCGGCGAGCCCAUCCAGUUUGAGGUCAGCAUCGGGAACUACGGCAACAAGCUGGACACCACCUGCAAGCCCCUGGCGUCCACCACGCAGUUCAGCUACGGCGUGUUCGACGGUAACCACUACUAUUACCUUCCCUGGGCGGACACUAAGCCUGUUGUGAUCCUCACAUCUUUCUGGGAAGACAUCAACCACCGCCUGGACUCUGUCAACGUCCUCCUGCUCAUCGCAGAGAGACUUGAGGACAACCUCACCUCAUUGAAGACGGCCAUCUUGGCCAAGGAGCCUGAGUCCCGUCUGGUGGAGAUUUGGCUGAAGCUCGUAAAUCACACGAUCGAAGACCUCAGCAGUUUCAAGCUCCCUGUGAUGGAGGGCCAGGCCAACCUGACCGCCCUGGACCUGCAGAUCAAGAAGCUGCGAGACGCGUCGGUGGCGAGCAUCAGACAGAUGGCCCAGCGCAUGAGGCAGGAGGCCACCGACGUUAAGGCCACCGUCAGCGAGUUUGAGGACUGGCUGGAGCGGCUCAAGCAGUUGGCAGAGGAGCCUCAGAACAGUUUCCCAGACGUGAUCAUCUGGAUGAUGCGCGGGGAGAAGCGGGUGGCCUACGCCCGUGUCCCGGCCAAUCGGAUCCUCUACUCCACCAUGGGGGAGGAGGCCUGUGGGAAGUUCUGUGGGCGGACCCAGACCAUCUUCAUGCAGUAUCCAAUGGACAAGGACAAGGGCGUGAAGAUCCCGGUGCAGCUGCGGGUCAACAUGUGGCUGGGUCUGUCGGCCCAUGAGAAGAAGUUCAACAGCUUCGCCGAGGGAACCUUCAGCGUGUUCGCAGAAAUGUAUGAGAACCAGGCCAAGGUGAUCAGGAACUGGGGCACCACCGGCCUGGUCGGCCGCCACAAGUUCUCGGACGUGACUGGGAAGGUGAAGCUGAAGCAGGAGCGCUUCAUGCCGCCGCGAGACUGGGACUGGGAGGGAGACUGGUUCUUUGAGCCCGAGAGGUGCCUGUUGACAGAAGCAGAUGCCGGCCACACAGAGUUCACAGACGAAGUGUUUCAGAACGAGACGCGUUUCCCCGGGGGUGAAUGGGCACCAGCCAGCGAGCCGUACACAGACGUGAAUGGAGAGCAGGCUCAGAGCCCAGGGGAGAUGGACUGCCCCCCCGGGUGGAUUUGGGAGGACGAGUGGAGCUACGAUGUCAACAGAGCUGUGGACGAGAAAGGCUGGGAGUAUGGAGUCACCAUUCCCCCCGAAGACAAGCCCAAAUCCUGGGGGGCCGCAGAGAAGAUGUACCACGUCCACCGGAGGAAGAGGCUGGUACGGCCACGCAGACGGACAUCGGACGUCAUGCCCACCAUAGAGAGACGGACAUCUGGAGACGACUGGGAGUACUCCUCUCUGAUUGGCUGGAAGUUCCACAGGAAGGAGCGAUCAUCAGACAUGUUCCGGCGGCGACGUUGGCGAAGAAAGAUGGCUCCCUCAGACCGCAUGGGGGCGUCGGCCAUCUUCAGGCUGGAAGGGGCCCUGGGUGUUGACGUUGACGAGAAAGCCAGCAAGGCAGACGCGACAAAACUGUUUGGAGCAAACACUCCCAAUGUUUCCUGUAAUUUCAGCCGGUGCUACAGGUACCAUCUCAGAGUGUACGUCUACCAGGCCAAGACGCUCUGUGCCAUGGACAAAGACAGCUUUUCCGACCCCUACGUCCACGUAUCCUUCCUGAACGUCAGCAAGACCACCGAGGUGGUGAGGUCCACCCUGAACCCCACCUGGGACCAGACGCUGAUUUUCGAGGACGUGGAGGUCUACGGAGACCCCAAGACCAUCGCCCGCAACCCCCCCGACGUGGUGAUGGAGCUGUACGACAGCGACCAAGUGGGCAGAGACGAGGCCCUGGGUCGAUGCACGUGCCCUCCCAUAGUGAAUCUGAACCCCGCUGUGGCCAUCAACCCCAAGCUGCUGUGGUACCCGGUCACCAAGAAGGGCCGUGAUGCAGGACAGAUGCUGGUGGCUGCUGAGCUCCUGCUGAAAGACGGGGUGAAGGAGGGAGAUCUCCCCCUUCUCCCCCCGGUGAAAGGGGACAGCCUCUUCAUGGUUCCUCAGGGAAUCAGGCCUGUGGUGCAGCUCACCGCCAUAGAGGUCCUGACCUGGGGCUUGAGGAACAUGAAGACCUACCAGCUGGCCAGCGUCUCCUCCCCCAGCCUGGUGGUGGAAUGCGGCGGCGAGGUGGUGCACACCGCCGUCAUCAAGAACUUCAAGAAGAACCCAAACUUCCCCGGCUCCGUGCUGCUGCUCAAAGUGCUUUUGCCUAAACAGGAGAUGUACACCCCACCCAUUAUUCUGAAGGUGGUGGACCACCGACCGUUUGGCAGAAAGCCCGUGGUCGGUCAGUGUACCAUCGACUCCCUGGAGGAGUUCCGCUGCGACCCGUACCUCAACAACAAUGAGAUGGUCAUGUCUGCCAAAAUGGCGAUGAUUUCAUCUGCCCCAGGCGAUGUGGUCAUAACCAUCGAAGACAGACCCAUUGUAAGAGCUGAGAUUCAAGAAGAACAGCAGGAAGAUACGGUGGACUGGUGGAGUAAGUUCUAUGCAUCCAUAGGAGAGAAGGAGAAGUGUGGUCCUUACCUUCAAAAGGGAUAUGACACACUGCAGGUGUAUGACUGUGAACUUGAAGACGUGUCCGAGUUCUGUGGGCUGACAGACUUCUGCCGCACCUUCAAACUGCAGCGAGGCAAGAUGGAGGAUGAGGAUGAAGACCCGUCCGUGGUGGGAGAGUUCAAGGGCUCCUUCCGAGUGUACCCGCUGUACGAGGACCCCGGGAUGGCUGCUCCUCCACGCCAGUUCAGGGAGCUGCCCGAGAGUGGGCCUCAGGAGUGCCUGGUCAGGAUCUACGUGGUGCGCUGCUCUGACCUGCAGCCCAAGGACAACAACGGCCUGUGCGACCCCUACAUUAAGAUUAAUCUUGGGAGGAGAACAGUAGAUGACAGAGAAAACUACAAACCCAACACACUCAAUCCAGAGUUCGGCCGGACGUUUGAGAUGUCCUGCUUCCUCCCCCAUGACAAGGAUUUGAAGAUCGCCGUCUAUGACUUUGACCUGCUGAGUCGGGACGAGAAAGUGGGCGAGACCAUCAUCGAUCUGGAGAACAGACUCCUCUCGCGCUUCAGCUCUUACUGUGGCCUUCCACAGACCUAUUGCAUCUCAGGGAGCAACCAGUGGCGGGACCAGCUGAAGCCGUCUCAGAUCCUGCAGAACCUGGCCAAGCUGAGGGGAAUUCCUCCCCCGGGUUUACAGAUGGACGGCAGCUCUCUGUCCUUUGAAGGGAAGCAGUACAGCCUGAUGGACUUUGAGGCCAAUAAGGUUGAACAUCAGCAUCUUGGCCCACCGAAGGAAAGGCUGGCCCUGCAUGUCCUCAGGAACCAGGGGUUGGUACCGGAGCAUGUGGAGACCAGGACUCUGUACAGUUCUUUUCAGCCAACACUAUCCCAGGGGAAAAUUCAAAUGUGGGUGGACAUCUUCCCCAAGAGUCUUGGCGUGCCUGGGCCGCCGUCUGACAUAGAGCCGCGCAAAGCCAAACGGUACCACCUGCGGACCAUCAUCUGGAACACAACAGAUGUCAUACUGGACGAAACAAGCAUCACUGGAGAAAACAUGAGUGACAUCUACGUUAAAGGAUGGAUGCCGGGGAUGGAGGAGGAUAAGCAGAAGACGGACGUCCACUACAGAUCCCUGGACGGAGACGGGAACUUCAACUGGAGGUUCAUCUUCGGGUUUGACUACCUGCCGGCAGAACAACUGUGUCUGGUCUCGAAAAAAAACCGCUUUUGGAAUCUGGACAAAACCGAAUUUAGGAUCCCUCCGAAGGUGAACAUCCAGAUUUGGGACAAUGACAAAUUCUCCCUUGAUGAUUACCUAGGCACAGUGGAGCUGGAUCUGCUGCAUCUGAUCCCUCCAGCUAAAAGCCCAGAGAAAUGCAGCAUGAAGAUGAUACCGGGCAUGGAAGGCUCAAGCCUGUCCAAAACUUCAAAGGCUACCUCCUUGUUCGCCCAGAAGUCAGUGCGAGGCUGGUGGCCUUGCCUGAUUGAGCAGGAUGGAAAACAUGUGAUUGGGGGGAAGGUGGAGAUGACCUUAGAGAUUGUGGAAGAGAAGGAAGUGGAGGAAAAACCAGCAGGGAAGGGCAGGGAUGAGCCCAACAUGAACCCCAGACUGGAGUCUCCCAACCGCCCUGACACAUCGUUCUUCUGGUUCACAAAUCCCUGCAAGACAAUGAAAUUCAUUGUGUGGCGCAGAUUCAAAUGGAUUUUCAUCAUAUCCAUUAUUCUAAUACUGGUGAUCCUGUUCCUGGCAAUCAUGCUCUACUCCCUGCCUAACUACAUCUCAAUGAAGAUUGUGAAGCCUUUCUCAUAGUCAGUGCUUCCAAGGCUGCUUCCCUGCUCCAGAAAACCCAGAGGGAUGAUGGUUCACUAUAGCCAGUAACCCGCCCCUAUGACCAAUAAAUUGAACAAAAUAAAGGUUUUAAUGCCUGCUAUUAUUCAGAUUGAUUAACUUCUUUGAAAGGCACUUGGGGCUUUUUGCACUAGUACGAAUAACGCUGAAUAUGUUGUUUGUUGUUUUCAGCGUUUAUGUAUUUUGUAUGCUGGUAAUAUCUAUGAAAUGUGAGCUUUUAAAUAAACGUAUUAAUGACUUGUUUA